GCAAAAGGAAACAACUUGGCCACUCGGGGGUUCUCCGAUUGUGUCGUCGAUCUCCGGCGAACAAGCUUUUGUUAACCCAGAUCUCUCAAAUUCAACUCGCUUCCCCUUCGAUUUCGAAAACAGGGUCUGAAAUUCCACGCCGACUGUCGAUCGAUCAGUUUGGGUUUUCCUCGAUUCCAGGUUUUCCCCGAUAUCAAAGCAAGGAAUUUAACAAGACCUUGAACUAAGCAUCAAGGUUUACAUUUCCUCAGAGAAUCAUGGGUUUCUGGACGUUGAUGGAAGGCUUGCUGCUAUUUGCCAACGCACUCGCCAUCCUCAACGAGGAUCGUUUUCUUGCUCCGAGAGGGUGGACACUUGCAGAGCUCCAAACAGGCAGGAGAAACUCACUCAAAGGUCAGAUCAUCGGUCUCAUCCAUGCGUGUCAGUAUAUGAGACUGCCUCUCAUGCUCUUGAACAUCAUAGUCAUUGUCCUCAAGCUGUUCUCCGGGUGAAGACCAGACUUUUGUGCCAUCCUUUGACCUCUGUAAUCAUCGUUCAGUUGGGAAGUGUUAAACAUUUCUUCGGAACUCAGUCCACCAUUUCUUGUCUA